UCCAAUUCCUGGCUGGGAAAGUAGAAGUGAAAAUACGAAGCGCAGAAAGUCGAGUUGUCAUCGAUCACCAUAAGUUAUUUUGCGGAGCUCAGGUGUUGAGAUAUACAAACAGAACCUGGGCUAGUUGAAGAUACAGUACAAAGAAAAAGAACUUAGAUUGGUACAAGUGUCAUUAUGAGAUGUCGUCUCUCAGUGCCUCGUUUGUGCAAAUCAAAUUCGAUGACAUUCAGUUCUAUGAGAACUGCGGUGGUGGAAGCUUUGGAAGUGUUUACAGAGCAAACUGGAAAUCGCAAGACAAAGAGGUGGCUGUGAAGAAGCUUCUUAAAAUUGAAAAUGAGGCAGAAAUUCUUAGUGUUCUCAGUCACAGGAACAUCAUCCAGUUCUACGGAGCGAUUCUUGAAGCACCCAACUAUGGUAUAGUCACAGAGUAUGCUUCAGGAGGGUCUUUAUAUGACUACCUGUCUAGCGAUGAAAGUGAGAAAAUGGAUAUGGACCAUGUCAUGACCUGGGCAAUGGAAAUCGCCAAAGGAAUGCAUUAUCUACACAUGGAAGCGCCAGUGCGGGUAAUCCACAGAGACCUCAAGUCCAGGAAUGUGGUGGUAACAGCGGAUCGAGUACUGAAGAUCUGUGACUUCGGUGCCUCAAGGUUUCACUCCCACACGACACACAUGUCACUGGUGGGAACCUUUCCGUGGAUGGCUCCAGAAGUAAUACAGAGCCUGCCAGUGUCUGAGACGUGUGAUACAUAUUCAUAUGGUGUGGUUCUUUGGGAAAUGCUAACACGGGAGAUUCCUUUUAAAGGCUUAGAAGGGUUGCAAGUUGCCUGGCUUGUGGUGGAGAAAAACGAGAGAUUGACCAUUCCCAGCAGCUGCCCAGCAAGUUUUGCUGAUUUAAUGAAGCAGUGUUGGGACUCAGAUCCAAAGAGAAGACCACAUUUUAAGCAAAUCAUGAUGACCCUGGAAUCCAUGUCCAAUGACAGCCAGCUUCCAGACCAGUGUAAUUCCUUCCUGCACAACAAGGCCGCGUGGAGAUGUGAAAUUGAGGCCACGUUGGAGAGACUGAAGAAGCUGGAGCGUGAUCUGAGCACCAAGGAGCAGGAGCUGAAGGAGCGGGAACGACGUCUGAAGAUGUGGGAGCGCAAGCUGAUGGAACAAUCGCACACGCCGCUUUUCUUGCCUGUUACUGCAAAGAUUUCGGAAGAGUCUUUCUAUGAGUCUAAAACAGAGGAGUCAAACAGUUCAGAGAUGUCUUGUCAGAUCACUGCUGCCAGUAACGGGGAGGUAGAUGGCAUGAACCUGCAGGCCAUGAUGAAGGGCUUUGGGGAUAUUCUCUCUAUGGACCUGGCAGGACCUGUCUUGCACUCUGGGAUACAGAUAAACAUGCAGGCCAAGCAGAACUCCUCUAAAUCCACCAGUGUCAGAGAAGGGAAGAAAAUCAACAUGGCUGUGUCCCUGGGUGCAUUUAACUGGUCAGACGACAGCGACUAAUGCAAUUAGUCACUCACCAAGUCCCCUCAGGCCUGGAGUAUAGUGUAAAGCAUAGUGAUGGCAGCACCAUAAACUUGUAUUUAAUUCAGGCCUAGACGGAAUAUCUGUUAGUUGGGAAGUCCGUAAAAUUUAUAAAACAGCUUACUUGGCCUGUGUUGAAAGUGCAAUUAAAAAAACAAAUCUGUUUUUUGGAUAAAGUCGUGGGAUCUCUUUGUAUGUGAAACUACAUGCCCUUUUUUUGCAUUAUAUAUACAUCAGGACUGUGACAAUAGUUCACUGAAAUCCCUGUACCCCGCCGUAGCAGCAGAAAGAGUAUUAACGGUACUUAUUUUUUAAGCAAACUACUGUUUGUUCAUUGUCAUGAACAUUAAGGGGUAGAUGUACUAAGAUGGGUCAGUCACAAACAUACCGCAUUUUGCAUUUGCGUUACGACAAUUCGCAAAGUGCACAUUUUGUCGUAUGUACUAAGAAAAAAUAUGUUAAUGAGCCGCAAUAUACUAAUUUAAAUAUUAUUUGCGUUAUCUUAGCGAGAGUUGUGCGGCGUUUUUUUCAAAUAAAAUGUAGUUGAGUUGUGGUUUGCUGCAGCAGAGAGUGCCCGAAGGAUAACGUCUAUACAUGCAAGGGUGCAAGAAUCAAAAUAACAUUGUUUUUAUAUAUAUAUAUAUAUAUAUAUAAUGAAAGGCAGUUUAAUCCCAUCAGAUUCUAUAGUGGGGCCCUCACCUUCACCCCCAAAAAGCUUUUCAUAAUCAUGCAGUAGACCCUCGCUAAACCGGACAUGUUUGUCCGACAUAAGGAGCUGUUGGGUUUAAAAACAAUACGAUAAAAUCGCACACACAUACAUUUACAGUUCUCGAUGUAUUUUAAAUAUAAAUCAUUGCACUGAAAUAACACUAAUGUGUUUUGGGUAGGCUACACAUUACAUUAUGUAAAAAUAUAAAUCUGUACAGUAGGCCUAUACAGUACACAGUACAGUAGUAAAAUCAAAUGAAUACCUAGUGCACUUUUUUUGUACUUUAGCCUACUGGUAACAGAAAUAAAUCAUGCUGCUGCAUUGUACACAUCGGUGUACAAUGCGAAUAAAAGAUUAUUUUAAAUUGAAACUAAAUGAUUUUAGGGUUUUGUAUGUUAUUUUAAUUAUUAUUACUUUUAACUUGGUCUACUUAGUGCCUAGACAAUUAACACACAAUAGAUCAUUUUCCUGUACAGAUGCUUAGAAUGAGCUGGAGGGGUUAGUGGCACAUGUAUGCAGUCUAUUGUUCCCAACACCCUGGGAAAACCAGAAAUGUCACAGAAAUUUGUUUUCAAGGCUUGUAAGUACACCCUGACUUUAGUGAAAAUUAGGUACUUGGGUGUUCGUCUCAAAAAUACAUUGAGCACAACUGGCAAUACACGAGAAAAAGCAGACUGGGAAAUGUUUAAAACAUGCUUUCAAAAGUUCUUAACAAUUUGUUGGAAUAGUAAGUGUAGCAAUUGCCCGCAGCUUUCGUACAUCUCGUUACAAUAUUUUUGAUCCCUCAUUUGCACUCUCAUCUCCACCCUGUUUUUGUGAAUUUCUGCAGGAACGCCCAGAAUUACAUAUUCAUUUAAGGCUAAAGCGCAAAUAAAAACUGCGACUGCAAAGCAUUUGUUAAAAUGAUGCAAACAGCGUUGCGUUUGUUUUAAUACAUUUCACGCUACACUUCCUUCUGGUUUACAUGUGGCUUGCAACGAUUGUGAGAGACACAACACUUUAGUACAUCUACCCCUAAAUCUUUAAAAUGCUCAACAGCUGCAAACCACCUACUUUAUUUUGUUUAGCCUAUAAAACACUUUUCAUCUAGCUAACAUUAUAUUACACAAACUGUUUCUAAUGAAUUACUAAUGAAUCUAAUGAAAUAAUGUUUAAUGUGGAAGUAAUGUAUGUAUUUUUAUAUUUUAUUUUAAUGGUACUUUUAAUUGCCUAACAAAUACAACACCGUGAUUACAUAACAUAAUACAAUAUACAAAUGUCGUUGAAGAAUAUUUUAUUUAUCAGGAAUGUUCAUUGUUUAUUUAUUUUGUUUUAUAUUGAUUGAAAAGUUUUUGGUCUGGUUGAGUGAUUUUAGCUAAAACUGUCACCCUUUAUAAUAAUUCUUUUUUUUUUAUUGAGUCCCACUACUUGCUUCUUUUAUUAUUUCAUUUUAUCUUGAGUGUGUCAGUAGGUGACAUCUCUGAGUAGAGUUGGGUUUGAGCUAUUUCAUAAAUACUAAUGAGAUUAUACAGUAUAAAAUAUGUUUAAGGGUAGCAUCCAUGAAAAGCAACACAGGCCAAAUUAAGUGCAGUUUUCAUUCAUCCCCCUUUUUUUCCCCCAUUACAUUUGAAAGGGAUACUUUAUAGCCUCUACAUUUCCCUUCUAAUUUAAGUUACAGGCAGCUUGCUUUCCUAUAAUGUGUGUUCUUUAUGAUUCUCCAUGGUUUCUGCUUACAUUAUUAUUUGCCACUUUUUCAACAAAAAUGCUUUUUUUUUUUUUUUUUUGCUGGAAUAGAUAGUGCAGUACAAUAAGCAUGGCAAAUAAGGAUCUGAGGAAAAACAACAAUAUAGAAUACUUCAGGACACACAUAGUGGGAUAUUAAAGAGAAAUGUAGAACAUGUAGAUUAGAUCAUAACAUUUAUAUGAGAUAAAGGUAGUUCUGUGUGGAAUGUUUGUUAGAUCUAAACCCUGGCAAGAAUUUCAGAUGUUCCCAUUUUCCAGGUUUCAUACUGUAUUGGCAUUAUACAGUGAGUGCACCUUAUAUAAUUGAAAUUCACUAGGCUGGUCUGAUCUGCUACUGACCUAGUUGCAGACCAGUGCAGUGCAAGGGAAGCUUUUCAUCCCAACUGUGCUACCCUGUGCUUUGUUUUCAUUGCUGCUUUUCUUAAAACCAGCAAAAAAAUGAAUGAUGAUUAGUCGGUUACCAACUUUUAAAUCAUGUGAAAAGUCAACCACUUUAUAAAGGUUUUAAACUAGUAUUAUUAAAGUGACAGAAUGUCACAUGCACUGCAUUUACAGCUUAUGCACUUUUUUUUUUACAAUACUACAUUUGAAAUGGAUACUGUGACAUAAUCCUAUUUAUAGUUCACAUAGGUGUUAAAGCCAGUUUGAUGUGAACUUGGUUUUGGUUUUUUUUUUUUUCUGCUUUCCCUUCUGUUUUUCAAUAAACUUUUGACAUUAAAUAAUGUAUUCUCUGCUUAUUUCUGUUCCUUUUCACAUUUGUUAAAUAAUUUCCUUCUCUGAUUUUCUUUUUGUAUUAAGUAAUAUUGGGCCCAAUCCACAAAGUUUUAACUUAUGGGUUAUUUAAAGUUUGUUUUGAAGGAUAAAUAAAGUCUGUAUGCAUGCAA